AUUGAAGCAAGUGCGUGUCGCGCUCCUGUGGUAAGAAAUUGUUUUGGUUGUUUUUAGGUUUCGAAGCACGUGCGGAAUAUGAACGAACAUGUGUUGGAUCUCACACAACAGGCUUUCGAUGCAUUGGGCUUCGAAUUAUUCGACCCCAGCGGAAGGCACGUUCAGUCGGUCAAGGAUCUGGUGGUAAAUGCCAAUUUGCGGAUGGCAAAUUUACCCACAGAGCCAGUUCCCCUGGCCUCCGAUGCUACUCUGGAAGAGGUCUUCGGUUUCGAAUCGAUAGAAACAUACGAUGUACAACGUAUGUUCGCCGAUCUGCUCGACAUAAUCGACUGUAAAGCAAAGGAGCUGCUACCCGCUGAACAAACCGCAACUGGCUCGAAGGAAUCUGCCUUCCUGGCAAACAAGAUCAACGCUAAAGGCAUGCUCGAGUAUAGCUUAGUUGUCGAGGAAGAACGUCGUGAAGUAGCUAAAUUGGCAGGAAAGCCCAUCAACGGAGUGAAACCGACAGUCGAAACGAUCUUGGAAAAGCGAAUUGACUGUAGACAAAGAGAAGCGCGGCUACUUAUUCAAUUCUUCAAGUUUAUUAUGCAACAGCUGGCGCAGAGCGACACAACUGAUAAAUAUAAGCUAGCAAUGGAUCUCCGCGGUAUCAGAGAAGCGCUUGGUGCGUGCAUGACGCAUUCCAUUACCGCAGCAUCUACAGGAGCACCAACACCGACACCCGCACCGGACGCUCCUACUUCGUCGCGAAACGCUUUCGUUCAGGCAGUUCAUUCGAAAGUGAAACCGGUGCUUCUGGCAAAAGACCAUCUUACGAAAAAGGAGGAUAACCGUUGCGAAGCAACUCACUCGAAGCAGUCAACAAGCAAAGCGGUUGCUGCCCAAGCAGGAUCAACUGCAACGUCUGCAGUCCAUCCGGUACGCGGAGCAAAGGGCACAGUUUUGAUCGGCGAUUCAAUUAUUUCAUCCGGAGGGGUCCUGAGCGUAACAACCGCUCAUGCAACUCCAGCCGCGGUUUCAGCAUCGAAAUCAAUACGUUCUACUUCGCAAGUUGUCCAACACGAAUCCGUUGGUAAAAAGUCAGUGGUUACGAUAAGCUAUCCCACAACUAGCCAGAAUCAUGUUAAGAUACUCAAUCGUGCACAUGAUCAAAUGAUGGUGGUGGAAUAUGCAGUGGACGACAGCUCUAAACCAACAACAUCCAAAGCAAUCAAUCUGCCUCCCGGAACACGACCCACCGUGCCAUCCUCCAACAUAAAAGCUCUUAACCCGCCGGUAAUCAGACCAGUUACUCUCGAACCGGGAACACAUGCCAGGGGUGCGGUAAAUGAGCGGGAUCCGAAGCACACCGUUUACAGAGCGAUAAAUACGGUACGCACCUCAUCCUCCCCGCAACCGAACGCUUCCCAGGGUGGUGGUACAUGCAAUAAGGGAGCCUCAGGGAGCCGAUCGGGACCUGAUGGUAACAAAAUGUUGCCAAGCCAACCGGUACGUCGGAGCCUUAUUAAACCGCGGCCCAUAUUAAAUCUACAGCCGAUUGAAAUUUCGGAUGACGACGAUUAAACCGACCGAACAAUUAGACCUUGGAGAUUACUUACAAACUGUUCGCAGCAGAAGUGAUAAGAAGUGACAUGAUAGGGACUAUUCUGAACUACGGGUGAAUUUUUCAUUAAAGAUAAUGCAUUAAAUGAAGUGAAAUACAUUAAAGAUAGGGGGAGUGGGGAUAUGUUGAAAACGAAAAUGAAAUUGUCGGUCAGCAAAGUUUGGGUGGAUGAAAGCUGCCAAUGCGUUAUCGGUUGAUCGAUAGGAAUUUGCUCUCAGAGCUUUAUUUUGCCUUUUUUCAAAUGUGUAUUUUUUGCCCGCGCACUGCGGUGUUAUAAUAAAAACCAACGAGCAUCA